GUGAUUGAUGUUGGUGAACACCUGUUCUCAGGUCAGCACAGACGUCAUCAUGCCUUUCGGAAACACCCAUAAUGCGCUGAAGAUGAACUACUCUGCGGAGCAGGAGUACCCCGACCUCAGCCAGCACAAUAACUACAUGGCCAAGGUGCUCACGCCUGAGAUGUAUGCCAACCUGCGGGACAAGGAGACGCCCAGUGGAUUCACCCUGGACGAUGUCAUCCAGACUGGCAUCGAUAAUCCAGGUCACCCGUUCAUCAUGACGGUAGGCUGUGUUGCUGGAGACGAGGAGACGUAUGAGGUGUUCCAAGACCUGAUGGAUCCAGUCAUUGAAGACCGCCACGGAGGAUACAAGCCAUCAGACAAACACAAGACCGACUUGAACUCUGAAAACCUGCAGGGUGGAGAUGAUCUGGAUCCAAACUACGUGCUGAGCUCUCGGGUUCGGACCGGACGGAGUAUUCGUGGCUUCUGUCUGCCGCCACACUGCAGCCGUGGAGAAAGACGAGCCAUCGAAAACCUGUCCAUUGAAAGUCUGGACAUCCUGGACGGGGAAUUAAAGGGGAAGUACUACGCCCUGAAGAACAUGACGGAGGAGGAACAGCAGCAGCUGAUCGAUGACCACUUCCUGUUUGAUAAGCCCGUCUCCCCUCUGCUGCUGGCAUCCGGAAUGGCCCGUGACUGGCCCGAUGGCCGCGGCAUCUGGCACAACGACAACAAGACCUUCCUGGUGUGGGUGAACGAGGAGGAUCACCUGCGCGUCAUCAGCAUGCAGAAAGGUGGGAACAUGAGGGAGGUGUUCACCCGCUUCUGCACCGGACUCACCAAGAUUGAGGACUUGUUUAAGGAGCGAGGUCACGAGUUCAUGUGGAAUGAACACCUGGGCUAUGUCCUCACCUGUCCGUCAAACCUGGGGACAGGACUAAGAGCCGGUGUCCAUGUCAAAUUGCCGAACCUCAGCAAGAGUGACAAGUUUGCAGACAUCCUGGAGAGACUGAGACUUCAGAAGAGAGGGACAGGUGGAGUGGACACAGCGGCGGUGGGCGGAGUCUUUGAUAUCUCCAAUGCGGACCGUCUGGGUUUCUCGGAGGUGGAGCUGGUUCAGAUGGUGGUGGAUGGCAUUAACCUGCUGGUGGACAUGGAGAAACGCCUGGAGGCUGGAGACUCCAUCGACGACAUGAUCCCAGAGCAGAAGUGAACUGUGUCACUGCCCCCUUGUCACCCCUCACUCCCCCUCCUCACCCCCUCACUGUAACCAAUCAGAGAGCGUCCUUCAGGACGUCUAGCGCUGCUCACUUAGACUUCGUCUUCCAACAUGUGAAGGAUUUUCUAUUUGUCUCCAACUGUUGGACUCUUAACACCUGAAUAUGUAAUAAAGUAUCUGUGUCCCUGAA